UGGGAGAGCGCGGGGGGGAUGACUGCAUCAAAGCAAAGAAGAAAGAAAAAAUCUGCCAUGACUCGAUGUGUUCACCCUCCGUCUUUAACCGCCCAUAAUGGUGGCUGCUGUGUUCGACUACAAAGUGCGCCGCAGUAAAUGACGAGCCUCUCAGAAAAGAGCCAACCAGCGUGAGAGACAUGUCCUCUCCGGGAAUGGGCACCCCCAGCGACCCUCUCUUGGCGAGUCCAGGAGGGAGGUUAUCCACAGCUCAGGAAGGUUUCUGGAGAAGUUCUCUCCCUAAAACCGCCAGCUUCCCGACGUCCACCACCCGCCACCUCAGUCAUCGAGCAAACAAUUUCCAAAGACAGCCGAAGCGGCAGAAGCUAAUACGACCCUCUCCGCCACCACCGCCAAACACCCCAUGCCCCUUGGACCAGUUGGACCUCAGUGAGCUUCCGCCAAGACGUACUUUUCAAGAACUUCUCUUCAACGGCUGCAUCCUGUUUGGGAUUGAGUUCAGCUAUGCCAUGGAGACGGCGUAUGUGACCCCUGUGCUUCUACAGAUGGGUUUGCCAGAUCAGUUCUACAGUUUGGUGUGGUUUAUUAGCCCCAUAUUGGGUUUCCUUGUUCAGCCUCUUAUCGGAGCCUGGAGUGACCGUUGUACGUCUCGUUUUGGACGAAGGAGACCCUUUAUUUUUGCCUUGGCAGUCGGUGCUUUGGUUGGCUUAACACUCGUGCUGAACGGACGGGACAUUGGAGGGGUUCUCGCUGACACUGCAUCCAAUCACAAGUGGGGGAUCAUCCUGACAGUGUGCGGAGUGGUUCUGAUGGACUUCAGUGCUGACUCAGCAGACAACCCGAGUCACGCGUACAUGAUGGACGUGUGCAGCCCGGAGGAUCAGGAUCGAGGGCUCAACAUACAUGCUUUGCUCGCUGGACUCGGUGGGGGAUUCGGUUACAUUGUGGGUGGCAUCAACUGGGAUCACACGCACUUUGGAAAAUCGAUGGGAGGCCAGCUGAGGGUGAUAUAUCUGUUUACAAGCAUCACUCUGGUGAUCGCCACAGCCAUGACUCUGAUGAGUAUCCCUGAGCGCCCUCUACCAAAAAGCCAACCAAACAAAAUCUCCAGCAAAAACCAUCUGAAAAGCCCAAACCUCCCCCUCCCUCCGUCCCCACCCGUCCCGCCUGGAUCCACACUGGCACUGGACGAGGAGGGUGAGGAGGGCAUGUACGGCUACCAGCUAUCCAAGUCCCACCCCGGUAAUCCGGACACUUUGGCUCACUCUUGCAGCGCUAAUGCCCGACUUUGCGCGGGACUCACCAGCCCUAUCUCCCCCCUCAGCCCCCUCACUCCCAAAUAUGGCAGCUUCAUAAGCAGAGACAAUUCACUUACAGGCAUUAAUGAAUUUGCAUCCUCUCUGGGGACCUCCUACAUCGACAGUGUGCUCAUAGACUGCUACACUGGUCUGCCUACACCGCAAGGUCUGGCCGCUAACUCCAUCGCUGCACCCCUGCCUCCAGGGGAGUCCCCUCAGCCUGAGGAGUCCGCAAGGGUGACAGGGAACCAUCACAAUGGACAGACCCAGGCUGAGAUAGAGAGUAAUCCAGCUGGGAGUCUCCUUGAUGGAGAGGGAUCCAAUGCUGAUGGGGGGGAGGAGUCUCAGGUCUCAACAGGGAUUCGGCCUUCAGGGUCACAGGCAGCUGGCAUCCUGAAACGACCCCAAAGUCUUGCACUAAUCGAGGAGUCAACAGCAACCCAGAUUGUUGGGCUGGAGAACGGUCGAAGACGGACUGUCACCUUCAGUCAGCAGGUCGCCAACAUCUUGCUGAAUGGUGUGCGAUAUGAGAGCGACCUGAGUGAGAAUGCUGUGACGGGAGAGUCCCAAAUGUCCAUGAAGCUUUUGUGUAUAGCCAUCUACAGGAUGCCUCCCUCGCUGAGGAGCUUGUGCACUAAUCAUUUUUUGGGAUGGCUGUCCUUCGAGGGAAUGCUGCUCUUUUACACUGAUUUCAUGGGGGAGGUUGUUUUUGAAGGGGACCCCAAAGCUCCCCAUGAUUCUGAGGCUUACCAGCGCUACAAUGCUGGUGUUAGCAUGGGCUGCUGGGGAAUGUGCAUCUAUGCAUUCAGCGCUGCUUUCUACUCAGCCAUAUUGGAGAAACUUGAGGAGCGCUUCUCUCUUCGCACUCUGUACUUUUUCGCCUACCUGGCCUUCGGUUUAGGCACAGGUCUGGCCACGCUGUCCACCAACCUCUACGUGGUUCUCUCACUGUGCGUCACCUACGGGAUUCUCUUCUCCUCUCUAUGCACGCUGCCUUACUCCCUGCUGUGUGAAUACUACCAGAGCCCGCAGUUCUGCGGCUCGUCAGAGGAGGGGACCAGACGAGGGAUGGGGGUCGACAUCUCUCUUCUCAGCUGCCAGUACUUCCUGGCUCAGAUCCUCGUCUCUGUGGCGAUGGGACCUUUGACCUCAAUGGUCGGCGGGGCCCAGGGAGUGAUGUACUUUUCGAGUCUGAUGUCAUUCGUGGGCUGUGUGUACUCCUCUCUCUGCGUGGUGUACCAGCUGCCCCCUCCUGAGGGUGAGCCCACCGAAAGCGAGACCCAGCCACUAUUGGUGCACAUUUAGCUUCAGCCUCAUGCACUCAGCGGCACACACACUCUUACACUCUGAGUCUGAGUGUGCUGACCACUAGGUCGGGUCACACUCCACAUCCUGCCGCACACUGUACAGCACACUAGUUUUGCUGAUCCCCAUCGCUCGCUCAGAGCCAGACAGACAGACGGACAUUGGCUGCAGCUCUAAUAUUUAAACGUGCGUUUAUACAGUGUGUGUGCUCAUGCAUCCUUUACCCAGCCCUUUACAUAUGAAUGUUGCAUCAUAAUGCAGGAAUUUGUGUGACUGCAUGCGAGCAUGACUGUGGGAGUACGACUGAGAAAGAGUGGAGUUUUUGUCCUUUGCUUUGCGUCAUCGCCGUUCAGGAUGUCAAUGCUAUUCACUUUGGCUAACCUCCGCUUUCUUAUUUCCCUUCCUUACCUUUCCCCCGGCUAUUUCUGCAUGAGCUGAAAUAUGAUGCCCCAACCAGGAUUUUACUAUUGACCCUGGAUCGUCUACCUGCCUGUUUCUCUGAGUUAGCGUUACACAGCACAGGGUCUGCUACCUGGAUUACAGCCCAGUAGUCAAAGACACCUCGUAGCAGAAACGCCUGAGAUUAUUAUUCAUUUUGUCAACAGUUCACUUUAUUGUCAAUGAUGUGCAACUACUAACACGUUCAAGAGGAGAGUAAACUCUGGGAUUCAUUUCUCUAUACCCAAUAAUUUCAGCAUUUAAUGCCACCUGUGGCAAAGAAAUGUCAGAUAUUGAUAUAUGCAUAUAGAAUGAAUGACAAUUCCCUUACAAUAAAAAUGGUUUAGAAAUGUCCAGAAGAAAAAAAAAAAAUCAGGUGCCUCUGGUAGAAAAAAAGAUAGUUUUUAUUUUUCAUUAAUUCACUUAUUCCAUUUAUGUAAUGUAUAGAAUUUUCUUGUUAAAGAACCAAUAUGCAAGAAGAUGCAGAAGUAGUGUUUUGGGAAGGAAGUGAUACCGUGGAUGGACUAAAGUGUUGUUGUGCUUCUGCAUCAAGAUCAUCGCAAACAAAUCUUCAGUCUGGCAGUCGUCUCGAGUAAUACAUCUAAAGGGGUAUUUCAGCUGAUAGCUUCUAAUGCCAGGUGGCUGAAAUAUUGUCUCUCCCUGUGCCUCUUUUACAAGUCAUACUUUUGUAUGACUUGUAAACCUGUCAAACAUUUGACCUCAGUAUAUCCAUCAGCCUUAAAGUACAUUAUGGACUUGACUUGAUCCACCUUUAUUUCAACUUCUCAUACAUGUCCUCUCAUGUAAUUAAACACUAAAAUAUAUUUUAGUAAUUUCAUUUAUUUAUGAUGAUUCUAAUUAUAUUUUUUAGUUUACGAGGUAAUGGAAAAACAUAAUAGAAAUAAUUUGGAACACAAAAGUGACAAGACAAAAAAAAGCUAAAAAGUCUAAUAAACACAAGUCAUGGGGAAAAUGGACUACAAAGAAUCAACCAAAAAUAGCAUUGCAAUAAUAUUACAAAAUAAGCUUUUAAAAUGGAAAUUACGUCAAAUAAAACAAAUAUUGAUUAACAUUUAAUUUGAUCAAAAAUAUAAUAAUUUCUUCUUCAACAAUGUUCAUUAUGAAUAUAUAUUUAAAUUCAAAUUUAAGCAUUAUAAAAGAUUUAGAAUGUUGAUUUUCUUUGCCCUAUAAACUUAUAAAAAAAAGCAGUUGUGUACUUAAACUUCAUCUGCAGCAGCAAUUUUGAAGCUUACAAUUAUUUCACCUACCAACGACGCAAACUCAUAAAGUAAUUGGACUGUGUAUGUUUAUCCGGAAAAAGAAGCUACUGUGCCCUCGGGAAACCAGAAUUCAGAUGUAAGUCGUUACACCUUUUUGACAAUACAAUAAAAAUAACCAGAAUCUCUGCCACAUUAUAAUAACAGUUAAAACAUUGUAGUUGACUUCCGCUUUUUAUAAUAACAGGUGAGAUACUGUAAGUUUGUGAGGUAAAAUAGCGCCCCUACUGGCUAGGAGCGUAAGUGUCCAACUUCCGUUUUAUGGUGGAAACGGUGGCUAGAAUUAGUUUUCUGAGUGUUUCUAUUUUUUUUUUGAUACAGUGGUACCUCGGUUUUCAAACAUCCCAGACUUCGAACAAAUCGGAGGUCGAACAAAAUUUCGAGAUUUUUUUGCUUCUGAUUUCGAACGAAAAUCCAGAAUUCGAACGCCCCCGAAAAUAGCCGGAAAACCAUAAUGUGCGCUGACCCACGAUCCGCUUUAUUAUUGUGUAUAACGCAGCCUCUGUAUGUAGACGUGUCCCGUUAGCUACAUUUACUGACUGUUUUUUCUUCAUAUUGAGGUGUAAAACCUUUCCUGUCUCCGCACUGGACCGUGGUAGAGUGUCACAGGGGAGGCGCUCGCUCUCCACACCUCAGAGGAUGGAGCGGUUGGUUUAUGACUUUGUCACAGCCAAACUGCACAGAAGUGCACAUUCAGAGCUGGACACGCACCGGGCACCUCUUCACUUCUGGAGAGACGUCACUCACUCGGCAACCCCUCCCACAUGCAGCGGCCACACACAUAGAGGAACAGCCACCUGCAGCAGACACUCUACAUUCACUCCUACAAAAGACUAUUUUAAGGCUUGGAACGCAUUAUUUCUUUUUCCAUUCAUUGUAAUGGGGAAAAUCGAUUCAGAUUUCCAACAAAUCGCUUCUCGAACGGCCGUCUGGAACGGAUUGUGGUCGAGAACCGAGGUAUCACUGUACAUCUAAUUUGGCUGUUAGAUAGAGUCCGGCUUGAAUUGUGGAGUUUACUAUUUCCUUGAACGCAUCAUGGGUGAGACUUAUGUCAGUUUACCAUCAAGAUUUGCACUUGCAAUUGACUGUCUUUUAAGGGCUUCACCAUAUUGAUCAUUGCACCACAGUGAGGUCAGAACACACCAGUGGCUACUGUGUGAAUGUUAUAUGAAUGACUUGGUCCAUUGAAGGCCACGACAGAGAAAUGUGGCCCGCCGUGCCUGGGCCCUGGCUCAACAGCCCUGUGAGCGGUCGUGUGCUGCUGCUGCUGCUGCUGGCCAAAGUGCAGUAAUGAUGACAGUGAUUCUUGUCAUUAUCAGGAAGAGGAGAAGUUGAAACUGGGGUGUGAACACGACACUCAGUGGGAAACAGACCAGCAGCACACAGAUGGAAGCCUCUUGUGAACUGUGGGUUGCCCUGAAGGUGGACAACAGAGAAAGAAAGACUGUGGGGAUUGAUAAAGCCAGCAGCUCAUUGUUAUCAGUACGGCGCAUGCUGAAGCCAGAAGCCAUCAAAGCAGACCAUCGUCCGUGUCGUGUGUCACUAUGGUUCCAGCACACACUUUAUUCUUUCAAGAAAAGGAUCAUUCAGAGGCGUGAGUGCGCGCGCAGGCCUCACCAUGGCCAUGUCACAAACCCCUGUCUCUGGUGUGACAUUGGCUGCUCCAUAUCUGCUGCCUCAACAGAAUGUGCGCCUACAGGACUCCUGCGACGACUGGAUCCGUGCCACGUUUCUUAGGAAACUACAUGCUGCAGACGUUUGCUUGAUUUGAUAUGAGAAAACAACUUACUGUUCAACAUUAGCAGCUACUGUAAAUGCUACUUUUCUUCAGGGUUCCA